AGUCUGAAGAUCAGUGACAGAAAGAAGAAACAAGGAAGCUAAGUUCGCAAACAGCAGCCAAAGUACAAGCUAGCUUUUGACGAGCCUUACUGCAGUUUGGCCUGUUAAACCUGCGACGAACCCCCCGCGACCUGCACGGUAACGUCACGGCAACAUGCUCGAAAAAAAGACACCCCGGAUUAAAGUCAUCAACACCAGUGCUAGUGAUGGACUGGAGGGGUUCAAGGCACAUGCUGUGUUCCAGGAGAUCAACAAGAAGCUCCAGGAGGAAGGGGAGCAGUUUGUGAAAAAGAUCGGGGGAGUGUUUGCCUUCAAAGUAAAAGACGGCCCAAAUGGACAGGAGGCAACUUGGUUUGUGGACGUGAAGAACGGCAGAGGCUGCGUUCACAAUGACGCAGCUAAGAAAGCCGACUGCACCAUUUCCAUGUCGGAUACAGACUUGUUGGCCAUGAUGACCGGGAAGAUAAACCCACAGACUGCAUUUUUCCAGGGCAAGCUGAAGAUCACAGGGAACAUGGGACUGGCCAUGAAGCUUCAGAGCCUGCAGCUGCAGCCGGGAAAAGCCAAGCUGUAGAUGAGAUGUCGGCGCGAGCUUGUAGCUGCACAGAGUUAACCGCAAAGAAUUUAACAGCAAGUCUGGUUUCAGAUCGGUGAAGGUCUGUGAAGCUUCUCAUCACAGGAACACACCUCUUUUGCCAAUAUAGCUGGAGAAUAAGUUAGAUGGACUAAUCAUGAAUCCUCUAAUCAAGUACCUCUUAAUAUUCUGUCAGUACACUAGAGGAGAGAAAGGUGCUCCCUGCUUCUAGACACUAAUUAAUUUCAUGUCCAGUUUACAUUAACUUCCCCGAUGUCUGUUGCAAAAUAAAUCUUUCUCUGAGUGUAUUGUGUCUGGAAAUGCUUUGAGGAGUUUGCUUGUCAUUUUCCGCAAUCAUGGACACAACAUUGUAAGUGCCUCCUCGUCUCAGGCUCUCGGUUUGCUCUAAGGUUUUUUAGCUAACAACAUCGAAAUGUUUUUCUCUGUGUUUUAACUGAGGGGGUUGUAAUUUUCUGCUGUACUAUCAUUGUAUGGUUCUCCAAAAUAUUUCUAUUAAAUAAAUAUGCGUCUGCAUCGUC